GCCCCGCCCCGCCCUUCAGGUGAGCACAGGUGAGAUCUACACCUGGCCCCCUUUCCGGGCGGCGCGCCAGUUCUGGCUCCGGAGGGAGAGCGACAGGUGCCUCCGCGAUGGGGAACCGGGUCACACGCAGCGACUUCGAGUGGGUCUACACGGACCAGCCCCACACCCAGCGCAGGAAGGAGAUCCUAGCAAAAUAUCCAGCCAUCAAAUCCCUAAUGGGGCCAGAUCCUCACUUGAAAUGGGUGGUGGCAGGGAUGGUCUUCACUCAGCUUCUGGCCUGUUACCUGGUGAGAAAUUUAGCCUGGAAGUGGUUGUUCUUCUGGGCCUAUGCUUUUGGGGGCUGCAUCAACCACUCCAUGACGCUGGCGAUCCAUGACAUCUCUCACAACGUGGCCUUUGGGAACAAGCAAGCCAGGUGGAACAGAUGGUUUGCUAUCUUUGCCAACUUACCCGUUGGACUCCCUUACUCUGCUUCCUUCAAGAAAUACCACAUUGAUCACCACCGGUACCUAGGCGGACAUUAUUUGGACGUGGAUAUUCCCACCGAUUUUGAGGGUUGGUUAUUCUGCACACCACUUCGGAAACUGGUCUGGCUCACUCUCCAGCCAUUGUUUUAUGCCUUGAGACCACUCUGUGUGAAUCCCAAAGCCAUUACUGAGAUGGAAAUCUUUAACGCCUUGAUCCAGUUCUCCUUUGACCUUCUCGUCUUCUACCUGUGGGGUUUGAAGCCCAUUAUCUACAUGAUAAGUGGAACAUUGCUUUGCAUGGGUUUGCAUCCAAUUUCUGGGCACUUCAUCGCAGAACACUAUAUGUUUUUGAAAGGAUAUGAAACAUAUUCCUACUAUGGGCCUCUCAACUGCAUUACAUUUAAUGUUGGCUAUCACAUGGAGCAUCAUGACUUCCCCAGCAUUCCUGGUUCCAAGCUGCCAAUGGUAAAGAAGAUAGCAGCAGAAUAUUACGACACCUUACCACAGCACCAGUCUUGGGUUCGGGUUCUUUUGGACUUCAUUUUCGACGAUACCAUUGGCCCUUAUUCAAGGGUGAAGCGGAUAUGCAAGCUAGCAUCAGAAUCUCAAUAAGACUUCAGGUCCAUCCUUACUUCUUAUAAGCUUAAUAGACCUUUGAUUUUCUGCACACCUUCCUUAUCUAACAAGUAUAUUAUGUGAUGGGUGCUUGCAAGGCAGAGAAGGCUGAAGUUGUAUUUCUACUGGAGGAUUUGCUGUAAUCCAGUUAUGGAGAAAUAUGACAAUGAAGCCUGUCAGAAGUAUUUUCAAAUUGUGUGUUAUAUGUCACUUUCUUUCUUAAGCUGUAGAUCAGUCCAUGAAUGGUUAAAAAACCAUAUAGUCAUUUUAAAAAAAGUAUACCUCCCAUCACCUGUGACCACUGUCUUUACUAGUUGUGGCAAAUCCAACAUCCAACAACACCUGGGGAUCAUAGUUUCUUUGUAGAAAGACACAUCUCAGAGGGAAAGAUAUGUUGGAUCAAGGUAGGAUGGGUCCUCUAAGAGAUCUGGGAAGUAGACAGGAAAAAGAGACUAGAAUGAUUUAGGGCACAGGCAACGAACCUCAGGCCCAGGGGUAAAUCUGGCUUUUCUAGGCCCCAAAGGUGGCCUUCUAGGGUGACCUAGCUGGUUAUAUCUUCCCAGAAAUGCCUCUCCUAAACAAUAGUUACUGUAGCUAAAAUGUGCUGGAAUUUUUGGUUUGAACCUGUUGUCUCUGGAUCUGCUGGAAUGUGGCCCAAGGAAGCUUUUGUGAAAUUCAUUUCACGCUUUCAAUGAAAGGUUCUAUUCCAUUGACAAAAGGGUCUGUUCCCUUGUGCCAAUACUGGCUCCAUAUACUGCUGUGGACCUUCUUCUCAGAACUGUUGUAUAAGAAACAGCUAGUUUUUAUUUUAUUUUAUUUUUUGUAGAAAAGAUUAGCAAGAGGAAAUGUAAUAUGAAUUAUGAUUGAUAUGAAGAGUCGAUUUAAGGUAUUUGUCAUAUACAUGCAAAAUAAAAAUGGGUGAUCCAA